AUGGCUACUGAAAGUCUUCAAGCUCGACUGACUGAAUUCGAGCGUCAAGCUCGUGGUGUAUGCAUAGGUGUAAAUCAUUUGGCACUUGACAGUGAACGUGUUAGACAAGCUGAAUUAUUACAAAAAAUUAUACAACUAGAAAAAGAUAUUCAACAAUCUAGUACACAAAAAUCACAUUUACCUGACGCAGCAGCUGAGAUUCGUGAUGAUGUGAAAAAUAAUACAUCAGCAUUACGUUAUUUAGAGACAAUAUCACAAUUGGAGAAUUCAUUUACAGUUCUAACAGAAAAUGUCACUGAAACCUCUGUACAAUUAAGUGCUCCUAAAGAAUUAAAAGAUGAAGUUCAUGUAAAAAAGGAAUUAACUAGUAAUGUGAAAAGUUGUUGGACAUAUGUUUCUCAAUUGGCCCGAUUAAGUCAAGUACACAUUAGGAAUGCCGCUGAAUAUCAUCAGUUUCAUCAUGCAGUUAAUGAAGCUGAAGCCAGUUUGAAAGCGCGUGUACGAAUGACAGAACCGAGAAAUUCAAGAGCAUUACCUGCAACUUUGAAAAAUUGUACAAUUUUGGCCAAUGAAUUGAGAGAACAUCUUAAUCAUAUGAUUCAUUUAUGGGGUCGAUCAGGCAAUUUGCUUGAAGAAAGCCGACGUAUUGUCCCUGUUCACUUAAGACUAGGCGGUGUUAUUGAUGGUCUGAGUACUAAUACAGAAUCCGCUAGUCCAGUUAUGGCUCGUAUGUUAACUUCAUUGACAGGACCAAAUUAUGAAUUAAAAGAAGGUGAAGAAGUACGCGUCAUAUCGAAUAAAGAUGAUCAACACUUUUGGACAGUGCAAACAAAUAAUGGUAUAGUGAAAAUACCAUCUGUUUGUUUAUGGAUAAGUGAUCCAGAUUUAGAAGCUGUAAAACGAUCAGUGAUACUUCGUGAAAAAUGUAUUGAAUCAUGGGAUUUACUUGUGGAAAGAUCACGUGAACGACUAAGAUCAUAUUACAGUUGUUUAUUAAAUCAAAUGGCAGAAAAUGGAGAUAUUCAAUAUCAGCAUAAAAUAGCUAUGGAUAAUUUUCUGGAAGAUUUAAGAGGUCUUUUAUUACCUAAUGAUACAAGAGCAGUUGAAUUAAACCAAGCUAUAUAUGCAUUUACAGAGAGAUUAAAAAUGACAGAUAUUAGUCGACAACGUAGUUCACAUGGCGGAUUAGUUUUAAGAGAACAAGAUAUUGUUUGUAUGCAUAGUCCAUUGUUAAGACUACGUGAUCAUGAACGGCAAAUGGACCAUUUACGUGCACAAUCUGAACUGGCUGGAACUCAUAUGACAAAUUAUUUACGUGAAAUCGAUGCAGAUCAAAAACGAGUUGAUCAUGAAUUAUCGUUGAUAGAUCAGUUACAACAUGAGAGUCAGUCUCAGUUGGAUCAAUUGAUAAAUCGUGUGAAAAGAUGGAGUAGUCGAUAUGAACAUGAACCGAAUGUUGAUUCUAGUAUAACCAAUUCUAGAAUAAGUUCUAGUUUAAAAUCUAGUACAAUAUCCGACAAUUGGACAGGUAAUAAUCAAAUGUAUCCAAUAGAUGCAAGAUCACCUCAAUCUAUAAUGAGAGAAACAUCACGAUUAUCGUCUAGAACAAGAUCAGAAUCAAUUCCAUGUCCAGUACUUGAUGCUAUUACACAAAUUGGUGUUACAACCAAAACAUCAGGGACUCAAAUUUCUGAUGACGACGGUGAUGGUGGUCGUAAUAAAAUAGAUUUAUGUAUAUCUAAAAGACAAUUUGUGCCAGCGACGAUUCCUGAAAGAAAACAAGUAAGAAAUGCAAUAACUCAAAUCGGAAUUUCGAAAGUCGAUGCAGGCACACAAGAUGACUAUCAUGGAUACAGUCCUAAGCGUUCAGUUAAAGAAGUAUUAUGUCAAAUAGGUCAAAUUACAGCGAAUGCUUCAUGUCAGACAUUAGAGCAUUACAAGCUGCAACAAACGCUUAAAAAGCCAACUUUGGAUGCGAUAGUUCAAUCUGGUGUUAUCACUAAGAAUAAUUCCACUCAGUCGGAAUGCAUCACAGAAACCGUUGUGAAAAUGGACAUACCUGAAUCACAAAAAGCUGCACGAAAAUACAGCGUACUAGAUGCUAUCUGUCAAAUAGGACAGGUUACACAAACAACUGGAACACAAAUAGAAAUAGAGAAUACAGAAAGAAAUAAGAAAAAUCUUGGAGUACAAGCAGAAAUCAAAAAGGUAUGGCAGCACCCAGUCAAAACAACUGAAGCAGCAUGUCAAGUAGGUAGGAUAACAAUAAACGCAAGUACGGAGAUGUCACCAAUGGUCAUCAGUAAUGAACAAAUGAUAAGACAGGAUAUGAAGAAAAGUGAUAUAAUAUGUCAAAUAGGAAAGGUUCAAACAGCACAAUCAACACAGGCUGACUUAAUUAAGCAUAUGUUACGCAAACCAUCGUCCGAUGUAGUAUGUCAAGUAGGAAGUGUUAUGGAAUCUUCAGGGAUCCAGAUAGAUGAACCUCAUAAAACUUCAAUGUUACUAGCGGGAACUCAAAGUGCCAAAACACCAACAUACACUAAGGAGAUUCAGACAGAUAUGGGAUUCCGAGUGGAACCGAAGUUUGUGUCGAAGGCUGUCAACGAUGUUAUAUGUCAGGUUGGUCAGGUAAACCAUGAAGUAUCCACACAGUCAGUUGAAUAUGUCACCGCUAGACCAGCAUACAAGGAUACUGGUAUUGACCCGAUUAACGUGUGGGAAAAGAAGAUGGCCAAUGAUGUCGUCACACAAACAGGGAUUGUCCACACAUCGAAAAUAACACAAGCUGAACUGAUACAAGAACAACCAGUGUAUGUGAAGCCAAUAGAAACACAGGAUGUACCGAUAACAUCGUACAAAGAAACCGUAGAUGCCUACCAACAAGCCGACUUAAUUAAGCAUAUGUUACGCAAACCAUCGUCCGAUGUAGUAUGUCAAGUAGGAAGUGUUAUGGAAUCUUCAGGGAUCCAGAUAGAUGAACCUCAUAAAACUUCAAUGUUACUAGCGGGAACUCAAAGUGCCAAAACACCAACAUACACUAAGGAGAUUCAGACAGAUAUGGGAUUCCGAGUGGAACCGAAGUUUGUGUCGAAGGCUGUCAACGAUGUUAUAUGUCAGGUUGGUCAGGUAAACCAUGAAGUAUCCACACAGUCAGUUGAAUAUGUCACCGCUAGACCAGCAUACAAGGAUACUGGUAUUGACCCGAUUAACGUGUGGGAAAAGAAGAUGGCCAAUGAUGUCGUCACACAAACAGGGAUUGUCCACACAUCGAAAAUAACACAAGCUGAACUGAUACAAGAACAACCGGUGUAUGUGAAGCCAAUAGAAACACAGGAUGUACCGAUAACAUCGUACAAAGAAACCGUAGAUGCCUACCAACAAGCCGACUUAAUUAAGCAUAUGUUACGCAAACCAUCGUCCGAUGUAGUAUGUCAAGUAGGAAGUGUUAUGGAAUCUUCAGGGAUCCAGAUAGAUGAACCUCAUAAAACUUCAAUGUUACUAGCGGGAACUCAAAGUGCCAAAACACCAACAUACACUAAGGAGAUUCAGACAGAUAUGGGAUUCCGAGUGGAACCGAAGUUUGUGUCGAAGGCUGUCAACGAUGUUAUAUGUCAGGUUGGUCAGGUAAACCAUGAAGUAUCCACACAGUCAGUUGAAUAUGUCACCGCUAGACCAGCAUACAAGGAUACUGGUAUUGACCCGAUUAACGUGUGGGAAAAGAAGAUGGCCAAUGAUGUCGUCACACAAACAGGGAUUGUCCACACAUCGAAAAUAACACAAGCUGAACUGAUACAAGAACAACCGGUGUAUGUGAAGCCAAUAGAAACACAGGAUGUACCGAUAACAUCGUACAAAGAAACCGUAGAUGCCUACCAACAAGCCGACUUAAUUAAGCAUAUGUUACGCAAACCAUCGUCCGAUGUAGUAUGUCAAGUAGGAAGUGUUAUGGAAUCUUCAGGGAUCCAGAUAGAUGAACCUCAUAAAACUUCAAUGUUACUAGCGGGAACUCAAAGUGCCAAAACACCAACAUACACUAAGGAGAUUCAGACAGAUAUGGGAUUCCGAGUGGAACCGAAGUUUGUGUCGAAGGCUGUCAACGAUGUUAUAUGUCAGUCAGUUGAAUAUGUCACCGCUAGACCAGCAUACAAGGAUACUGGUAUUGACCCGAUUAACGUGUGGGAAAAGAAGAUGGCCAAUGAUGUCGUCACACAAACAGGGAUUGUCCACACAUCGAAAAUAACACAAGCUGAACUGAUACAAGAACAACCAGUGUAUGUGAAGCCAAUAGAAACACAGGAUGUACCGAUAACAUCGUACAAAGAAACCGUAGAUGCCUACCAACAAGCCGACUUAAUUAAGCAUAUGUUACGCAAACCAUCGUCCGAUGUAGUAUGUCAAGUAGGAAGUGUUAUGGAAUCUUCAGGGAUCCAGAUAGAUGAACCUCAUAAAACUUCAAUGUUACUAGCGGGAACUCAAAGUGCCAAAACACCAACAUACACUAAGGAGAUUCAGACAGAUAUGGGAUUCCGAGUGGAACCGAAGUUUGUGUCGAAGGCUGUCAACGAUGUUAUAUGUCAGGUUGGUCAGGUAAACCAUGAAGUAUCCACACAGUCAGUUGAAUAUGUCACCGCUAGACCAGCAUACAAGGAUACUGGUAUUGACCCGAUUAACGUGUGGGAAAAGAAGAUGGCCAAUGAUGUCGUCACACAAACAGGGAUUGUCCACACAUCGAAAAUAACACAAGCUGAACUGAUACAAGAACAACCGGUGUAUGUGAAGCCAAUAGAAACACAGGAUGUACCGAUAACAUCGUACAAAGAAACCGUAGAUGCCUACCAACAAGCCGACUUAAUUAAGCAUAUGUUACGCAAACCAUCGUCCGAUGUAGUAUGUCAAGUAGGAAGUGUUAUGGAAUCUUCAGGGAUCCAGAUAGAUGAACCUCAUAAAACUUCAAUGUUACUAGCGGGAACUCAAAGUGCCAAAACACCAACAUACACUAAGGAGAUUCAGACAGAUAUGGGAUUCCGAGUGGAACCGAAGUUUGUGUCGAAGGCUGUCAACGAUGUUAUAUGUCAGGUUGGUCAGGUAAACCAUGAAGUAUCCACACAGUCAGAGAUUCCUUCAAUUAUUUCAGUGGGAGUAGAUCCAAAACCAGAAGUUGCUGUAAGGCACUUAGGUUCAUACCAAGUGCCACCAAACGUAGAGCGACAAAGCAGACAAGUACAGGUAGAUAUCAAAAAUGCAUUUAAACAUAUAAAUCUGCAAACAGAAGAGAUGACUAGAGAAAAUGUAAUAUCAACGAACUUGGUGAGAGCGAAACAGAAAGAAAUAUUUGAGGUAACGACUCAAUUCGGUAUAUUAACAAAGGAUAAAGACGUUGAAACAUUCGUAACAUGCAGUUCAAAAGAAACACAAACAAUAGAAAGUUCACCAGAAGCUGAAGUAAAAAUGAGAAGCCAACAAACAUUUACUCGAAUAAGAAGUAAAAAUUAUGACGUACAAACACAAUCAGGGACGAUAAAUAUUUCCCAAGCAUUCCAGACAUUAUUAGAUUACAAGCCAACAACAGAAAAACGAUCCACUGGAAUGCAGCACGAAAUGGAUUUCAGAGUGGUGCAAACUACGCAACAUGAACCACAAACACAUGAAACACCGACACAAACUGAGCGAGUGACAUUAAAAGAUGAACAAUCAUUUACGUCAUUCAAAUUGAAAACAUACGAUGUUCAGACUCAAUUUGGAAGUAUGCUUAAGUCACAGGCAGCACAAACGCCAGGUGAACAGAGACCAGUUGUCGAAAUGAAAGAUAUGAUUACACAACACGAGAAACGUCCAGAACCAAUUGUACACAAAAAAUUACAAGCAAUGGUGCAACCACCCACCAUUAACACAGAAACUCAGACAAUGGAAGAGAGACCACCACCGGUUAUCUUGCCACCAAAGUUAUUCGACGUCCAAACACAAUCAGGAUCAGUGACGAUAGAUUCAGAAACACAAACACCACAAGAACGUAGACCAGUAAUCGAAAUGAAAGAGUUGCUUACACAACACGAAAAACGUCCAGAACCAAUUGUACACAAAAAAUUACAAGCAAUGGUACAACCGCCCACCAUUAACACAGAAACUCAAACGAUGGAAGAGAGACCACCACCGGUUAUUUUGCCACCAAAGUUAUUCGACGUCCAAACACAAUCAGGAUCAGUGACGAUAGAUUCAGAAACACAAACACCACUAGAACGUAGGCCAGUGGUCGCGACUAAAGAUGCAAGUGUACAUCAAGAAACAAAACCUGUUCAAUCACUUCCCAAGAAGUUACAGGCUACAGUCGUCCCACCACUAGAAAACAUGGCUACACAAACAGAUUUAUUAGCACAACCUGUUGUCAUACCUAUGGUGAAAACUACGCAUCAUGAACCACAAACACAUGAAACACCGACACAAACUGAGCGAGUGACAUUAAAAGAUGAACAAUCAUUUACGUCAUUCAAAUUGAAAACAUACGAUGUUCAGACUCAAUUUGGAAGUAUGCUUAAGUCACAGGCAGCACAAACGCCAGGUGAACAGAGACCAGUUGUCGAAAUGAAAGAUAUGAUUACACAACACGAGAAACGUCCAGAACCAAUUGUACACAAAAAAUUACAAGCAAUGGUGCAACCACCCACCAUUAACACAGAAACUCAGACAAUGGAAGAGAGACCACCACCGGUUAUCUUGCCACCAAAGUUAUUCGACGUCCAAACACAAUCAGGAUCAGUGACGAUAGAUUCAGAAACACAAACACCACAAGAACGUAGACCAGUAAUCGAAAUGAAAGAGUUGCUUACACAACACGAAAAACGUCCAGAACCAAUUGUACACAAAAAAUUACAAGCAAUGGUACAACCGCCCACCAUUAACACAGAAACUCAAACGAUGGAAGAGAGACCACCACCGGUUAUCUUGCCACCAAAGUUAUUCGACGUCCAAACACAAUCAGGAUCAGUGACGAUAGAUUCAGAAACACAAACACCACUAGAACGUAGGCCAGUGGUCGCGACUAAAGAUGCAAGUGUACAUCAAGAAACAAAACCUGUUCAAUCACUUCCCAAGAAGUUACAGGCUACAGUCGUCCCACCACUAGAAAACAUGGCUACACAAACAGAUUUAUUAGCACAACCUGUUGUCAUACCUAUGGUGAAAACUACGCAUCAUGAACCACAAACACAUGAAACACCGACACAAACUGAGCGAGUGACAUUAAAAGAUGAACAAUCAUUUACGUCAUUCAAAUUGAAAACAUACGAUGUUCAGACUCAAUUUGGAAGUAUGCUUAAGUCACAGGCAGCACAAACGCCAGGUGAACAGAGACCAGUUGUCGAAAUGAAAGAUAUGAUUACACAACACGAGAAACGUCCAGAACCAAUUGUACACAAAAAAUUACAAGCAAUGGUGCAACCACCCACCAUUAACACAGAAACUCAGACAAUGGAAGAGAGACCACCACCGGUUAUCUUGCCACCAAAGUUAUUCGACGUCCAAACGCAAUCAGGAUCAGUGACGAUAGAUUCAGAAACACAAACACCACAAGAACGUAGACCAGUAAUCGAAAUGAAAGAGUUGCUUACACAACACGAAAAACGUCCAGAACCAAUUGUACACAAAAAAUUACAAGCAAUGGUACAACCGCCCACCAUUAACACAGAAACUCAAACGAUGGAAGAGAGACCACCACCGGUUAUCUUGCCACCAAAGUUAUUCGACGUCCAAACACAAUCAGGAUCAGUGACGAUAGAUUCAGAAACACAAACACCACUAGAACGUAGGCCAGUGGUCGCGACUAAAGAUGCAAGUGUACAUCAAGAAACAAAACCUGUUCAAUCACUUCCCAAGAAGUUACAGGCUACAGUCGUCCCACCACUAGAAAACAUGGCUACACAAACAGAUUUAUUAGCACAACCUGUUGUCAUACCUAUGGUGAAAACUACGCAUCAUGAACCACAAACACAUGAAACACCGACACAAACUGAGCGAGUGACAUUAAAAGAUGAACAAUCAUUUACGUCAUUCAAAUUGAAAACAUACGAUGUUCAGACUCAAUUUGGAAGUAUGCUUAAGUCACAGGCAGCACAAACGCCAGGUGAACAGAGACCAGUUGUCGAAAUGAAAGAUAUGAUUACACAACACGAGAAACGUCCAGAACCAAUUGUACACAAAAAAUUACAAGCAAUGGUGCAACCACCCACCAUUAACACAGAAACUCAGACAAUGGAAGAGAGACCACCACCGGUUAUCUUGCCACCAAAGUUAUUCGACGUCCAAACACAAUCAGGAUCAGUGACGAUAGAUUCAGAAACACAAACACCACAAGAACGUAGACCAGUAAUCGAAAUGAAAGAGUUGCUUACACAACACGAAAAACGUCCAGAACCAAUUGUACACAAAAAAUUACAAGCAAUGGUACAACCGCCCACCAUUAACACAGAAACUCAAACGAUGGAAGAGAGACCACCACCGGUUAUCUUGCCACCAAAGUUAUUCGACGUCCAAACACAAUCAGGAUCAGUGACGAUAGAUUCAGAAACACAAACACCACACGAACAGAAACUAAUCCCAGACAUAAAAGAUGUGAGUGUAUUUCAGGAGUCACAUCAUGUACAAACAGUAAACAAGAAACUUCAAGCUGUGGUAUACCAUCCAUCUGACGAUGUGUGUUUACAAACCGAAGAGGUAAGCGUACAACCUGUCAAACCCGUUGCUCAGGUGUUUUCUACAGCUCCGCAAGUUGCACAUAAGCAAACACAAGCAGAAUGGCUAAAGGCCAAUAUAAAAACAUUUGAUAUACAAGCACAAUCAGGGACGGUAGUCAAGACACAGUCAACACAAACUAUUCUAGAAGAAAAACCGGUAUUCCAUACUGCAGACGUCAGUGUGAUUCACAGUGAAAAAUCACCUUCACUGGUGAACAAGAAACUUCAGGUAAUCAUGCGUCAAUCAGUUGACAACACAAGCACACAGACUGAUCCGAUGACUCAAGUCCCUACUGUAUUGCCAAAAACCACGUUCGAUGUUGUGACUCAGUCUGGUACUGUCCACUGUGCACAGUCAGUUCAAACAAUUCCAGAGGAACGACCAGUAUUCCAUACUGCAGACGUCAGUGUGAUUCACAGUGAAAAAUCACCUUCAUUAGUAGGCAAGAAGGUUCAGGCAACAAUGCGUCAAUCAGUUGACAACACAAGCACACAGACUGAUCCGAUGACUCAAGUCCCUACUGUAUUGCCAAAAACCACGUUCGAUGUUGUGACUCAGUCUGGUACUGUCCACUGUGCACAGUCAGUUCAGACUAUUCCAGAGGAACGACCAGUAUUCCAUACUGCAGACGUCAGUGUGAUUCACAGUGAAAAAUCACCUUCCUUAAUAGGCAAGAAGGUUCAGGCAACAAUGCGUCAAUCAGUUGACAACACAAGCACACAGACUGAUCCGAUGACUCAAGUCCCUACUGUAUUGCCAAAAACCACGUUCGAUGUUGUGACUCAGUCUGGUACUGUCCACUGUGCACAGUCAGUUCAGACUAUUCCAGAGGAACGACCAGUAUUCCAUACUGCAGACGUCAGUGUGAUUCACAGUGAAAAAUCACCUUCAUUAGUAGGCAAGAAGGUUCAGGCAACAAUGCGUCAAUCAGUUGACAACACAAGCGCACAGACUGAUCCGAUGACUCAAGUCCCUACUGUAUUGCCAAAAACCACGUUCGAUGUUGUGACUCAGUCUGGUACUGUCCACUGUGCACAGUCAGUUCAGACUAUUCCAGAGGAACGAUCAGUAUUCCAUACUGCAGACGUCAGUGUGAUUCACAGUGAAAAAUCACCUUCAUUAGUAGGCAAGAAGGUUCAGGCAACAAUGCGUCAAUCAGUUGACAACACAAGCACACAGACUGAUCCGAUGACUCAAGUCCCUACUGUAUUGCCAAAAACCACGUUCGAUGUUGUGACUCAGUCUGGUACUGUCCACUGUGCACAGUCAGUUCAGACUAUUCCAGAGGAACGACCAGUAUACCACACUGUCGGUGUAGGAGUUGAUCAUACUGGGAAAUUGCAGCCCGUGUUAUACGAGAACGUUCAGGCAACAAUGCGUCAAUCAGUUGACAACACAAGCACACAGACUGAUCCGAUGACUCAAGUCCCUACUGUAUUGCCAAAAACCACGUUCGAUGUUGUGACUCAGUCUGGUACUGUCCACUGUGCACAGUCAGUUCAGACUAUUCCAGAGGAACGACCAGUAUUCCAUACUGCAGACGUCAGUGUGAUUCACAGUGAAAAAUCACCUUCCUUAAUAGGCAAGAAGGUUCAGGCAACAAUGCGUCAAUCAGUUGACAACACAAGCACACAGACUGAUCCGAUGACUCAAGUCCCUACUGUAUUGCCAAAAACCACGUUCGAUGUUGUGACUCAGUCUGGUACUGUCCACUGUGCACAGUCAGUUCAGACUAUUCCAGAGGAACGACCAGUAUACCACACUGUCGGUGUAGGAGUUGAUCAUACUGGGAAAUUGCAGCCCGUGUUAUACGAGAACGUUCAGGCAACAAUGCGUCAAUCAGUUGACAACACAAGCACACAGACUGAUCCGAUGACUCAAGUCCCUACUGUAUUGCCAAAAACCACGUUCGAUGUUGUGACUCAGUCUGGUACUGUCCACUGUGCACAGUCAGUUCAGACUAUUCCAGAGGAACGACCAGUAUUCCAUACUGCAGACGUCAGUGUGAUUCACAGUGAAAAAUCACCUUCAUUAGUAGGCAAGAAGGUUCAGGCAACAAUGCGUCAAUCAGUUGACAACACAAGCACACAGACUGAUCCGAUGACUCAAGUCCCUACUGUAUUGCCAAAAACCACGUUCGAUGUUGUGACUCAGUCUGGUACUGUCCACUGUGCACAGUCAGUUCAAACAAUUCCAGAGGAACGACCAGUAUUCCAUACUGCAGACGUCAGUGUGAUUCACAGUGAAAAAUCACCUUCAUUAGUAGGCAAGAAGGUUCAGGCAACAAUGCGUCAAUCAGUUGACAACACAAGCACACAGACUGAUCCGAUGACUCAAGUCCCUACUGUAUUGCCAAAAACCACGUUCGAUGUUGUGACUCAGUCUGGUACUUUGUCUCUUACUGUUGGUUGUCAAGCUGUUCUUAUAUCGGAAGAUUUUUUGAUGAAAGAUGUUGCUGUUGAUUAUGUCAGAUCGGUCAAUUCUUGUUUCUCCAAAGCUGUCCAAGCUAGGAUACAAGUUGAAAGUAAAAACGUUGAAAUACAGUGUCUGAUAAAAGAUAAACGUGUUAUUAAUAUUCGGAAUGCAGAAGCUCAAUUUGAUGUAUUUUGUCGUCAGGAAGAAACUCAAACAUUUAGUUUACCUUUAACAACUACGAAAGAAGAAAUUGUUCAGCUCGCACCAACGACUACACAAAUAAUAAAUAAAAAGCUACAAGUAACUAUUUCCCAGUCAGUUCGAGAGGCAGCCGCGCAAACAUACGAAUCAAUACCAGGCGUAACAGUACCAACGAUACAAAGAAUUCAUCACUCUGAACAGACACAUGAAAUAUCAUCACAAACUGACAGUUUAGAAUUUUUUGAUCGUCAGUCUUACGCGCAAAUCAAAUCUAAAACAAAUGAUGUAGAAAUACAAUCAGGAAUCAUUUGCAAAUCACAGGAAUCGCAGACAAAAUUAGAGCAUAAAACAUUCGCAAUGACGAAAGAAUCUAGUACACAGUAUGAGGCAGUACAAAGAACAAUGAUAAAUAUAGAUAUUCAAGCAGAUGCUCGACAUCCAGUGUCCUAUACUUACGUCCAAACAGAUGAAAGUCAACUGAUAAAUAUCAAGCAGAAACACCAGUCGAAUGUACAGACACAAUCAGGAAUAAUUCAAAAAGAACAGGGAGCACAAACACUAGAAGGGGUCCACACUACAGUGAACAAGACCGACGUUAGUGUAACUCAUGAACUCAAAAAUCGACAAAUUAACAAGAAGUUGCAAGCAAAAAUAAUGUCUCAAAUGAAAGACGUAGUCAUACAAACAGAAUUAGUAGGAACCUCUGCACAUCCAACACCGACAAAACCUACAUUUGAUGUGCAAACACAAUCGGGAUCAGUGACGAUAGAUUCAGAAACACAAACACCACACGAACAGAAACUAAUCCCAGACAUAAAAGAUGUGAGUGUAUUUCAGGAGUCACAUCAUGUACAAACAGUAAACAAGAAACUUCAAGCUGUGGUAUACCAUCCAUCUGACGAUGUGUGUUUACAAACCGAAGAGGUAAGCGUACAACCUGUCAAACCCGUUGCUCAGGUGUUUUCUACAGCUCCGCAAGUUGCACAUAAGCAAACACAAGCAGAAUGGCUAAAGGCCAAUAUAAAAACAUUUGAUAUACAAGCACAAUCAGGGACGGUAGUCAAGACACAGUCAACACAAACUAUUCUAGAAGAAAAACCGGUAUUCCAUACUGCAGACGUCAGUGUGAUUCACAGUGAAAAAUCACCUUCACUGGUGAACAAGAAACUUCAGGUAAUCAUGCGUCAAUCAGUUGACAACACAAGCACACAGACUGAUCCGAUGACUCAAGUCCCUACUGCAUUACCAAAAACCACGUUCGAUGUUGUGACUCAGUCUGGUACUAUCCACUGUGCACAGUCAGUUCAAACAAUUCCAGAGGAACGACCAGUAUUCCAUACUGCAGACGUCAGUGUGAUUCACAGUGAAAAAUCACCUUCAUUAGUAGGCAAGAAGGUUCAGGCAACAAUGCGUCAAUCAGUUGACAACACAAGCACACAGACUGAUCCGAUGACUCAAGUCCCUACUGUAUUGCCAAAAACCACGUUCGAUGUUGUGACUCAGUCUGGUACUGUCCACUGUGCACAGUCAGUUCAGACUAUUCCAGAGGAACGACCAGUAUUCCAUACUGCAGACGUCAGUGUGAUUCACAGUGAAAAAUCACCUUCAUUAGUAGGCAAGAAGGUUCAGGCAACAAUGCGUCAAUCAGUUGACAACACAAGCACACAGACUGAUCCGAUGACUCAAGUCCCUACUGUAUUGCCAAAAACCACGUUCGAUGUUGUGACUCAGUCUGGUACUGUCCACUGUGCACAGUCAGUUCAGACUAUUCCAGAGGAACGACCAGUAUUCCAUACUGCAGACGUCAGUGUGAUUCACAGUGAAAAAUCACCUUCAUUAGUAGGCAAGAAGGUUCAGGCAACAAUGCGUCAAUCAGUUGACAACACAAGCACACAGACUGAUCCGAUGACUCAAGUCCCUACUGUAUUGCCAAAAACCACGUUCGAUGUUGUGACUCAGUCUGGUACUGUCCACUGUGCACAGUCAGUUCAGACUAUUCCAGAGGAACGACCAGUAUACCACACUGUCGGUGUAGGAGUUGAUCAUACUGGGAAAUUGCAGCCCGUGUUAUACGAGAACGUUCAGGCAACAAUGCGUCAAUCAGUUGACAACACAAGCACACAGACUGAUCCGAUGACUCAAGUCCCUACUGUAUUGCCAAAAACCACGUUCGAUGUUGUGACUCAGUCUGGUACUGUCCACUGUGCACAGUCAGUUCAGACUAUUCCAGAGGAACGACCAGUAUUCCAUACUGCAGACGUCAGUGUGAUUCACAGUGAAAAAUCACCUUCCUUAAUAGGCAAGAAGGUUCAGGCAACAAUGCGUCAAUCAGUUGACAACACAAGCACACAGACUGAUCCGAUGACUCAAGUCCCUACUGUAUUGCCAAAAACCACGUUCGAUGUUGUGACUCAGUCUGGUACUAUCCACUGUGCACAGUCAGUUCAGACUAUUCCAGAGGAACGACCAGUAUACCACACUGUCGGUGUAGGAGUUGAUCAUACUGGGAAAUUGCAGCCCGUGUUAUACGAGAACGUUCAGGCAACAAUGCGUCAAGCAGUUGACAACACAAGCACACAGACUGAUCCGAUGACUCAAGUCCCUACUGUAUUGCCAAAAACCACGUUCGAUGUUGUGACUCAGUCUGGUACUGUCCACUGUGCACAGUCAGUUCAGACUAUUCCAGAGGAACGACCAGUAUUCCAUACUGCAGACGUCAGUGUGAUUCACAGUGAAAAAUCACCUUCCUUAAUAGGCAAGAAGGUUCAGGCAACAAUGCGUCAAUCAGUUGACAACACAAGCACACAGACUGAUCCGAUGACUCAAGUCCCUACUGUAUUGCCAAAAACCACGUUCGAUGUUGUGACUCAGUCUGGUACUGUCCACUGUGCACAGUCAGUUCAGACUAUUCCAGAGGAACGACCAGUAUACCACACUGUCGGUGUAGGAUUUGAUCAUUUUGAAACUGUGCCUAUUGUUCGGUCAACAAUCUCAUCGACCAUGCAUACUUUUCCAAACAUUUCACAAUCAACACAAACCACACCCACCAAACUGGCUGAUACAUUCUGUCAAGCAACGUUAUCUUCUACAACGUACGAUGUCCAAAUUCAAUCUGGAGUGAUAAAUUCAAUAGAUGGGACACAGACUGUCGAUUUAAGUUCACCAAUUGAGAUGAAAGAAAUGAGUGUCGCACACGAGAAGGAACGAACUGUUCUGAAAGGGAAGAAACUUCAGGUUCGUUGUGAUUCAACUGAUUUGGGAGUCCAAACUGAUCAAAUUACUCCCAUUGUUCAAUCAACAAUCUCAUCGACCAUGCAUACUGUUCCAAACACUUCACAAUCAACACAAACCACACCCACCAAACUGGCUGAUACAUUCUGUCAAGCAACGUUAUCUUCUACAACGUACGAUGUCCAAAUUCAAUCUGGAGUGAUACAUUCAAUAGAUGGGACACAGACUGUCGAUUUAAGUUCACCAAUUGAGAUGAAAGAAAUGAGUGUCGCACACGAGAAGGAACGAACUGUUCUGAAAGGGAAGAAACUUCAGGUUCGUUGUGAUUCAACUGAUUUGGGAGUCCAAACUGAUCAAAUUACUCCCAUUGUUCAAUCAACAAUCUCAUCGACCAUGCAUACUGUUCCAAACACUUCACAAUCAACACAAACCACACCCACCAAACUGGCUGAUACAUUCUGUCAAGCAACGUUAUCUUCUACAACGUACGAUGUCCAAAUUCAAUCUGGAGUGAUACAUUCAAUAGAUGGGACACAGACUGUCGAUUUAAGUUCACCAAUUGAGAUGAAAGAAAUGAGUGUCGCACACGAGAAGGAACGAACUGUUCUGAAAGGGAAGAAACUUCAGGUUCGUUGUGAUUCAACUGAUUUGGGAGUCCAAACUGAUCAAAUUACUCCCAUUGUUCAAUCAACAAUCUCAUCGACCAUGCAUACUGUUCCAAACACUUCACAAUCAACACAAACCACACCCACCAAACUGGCUGAUACAUUCUGUCAAGCAACGUUAUCUUCUACAACGUACGAUGUCCAAAUUCAAUCUGGAGUGAUACAUUCAAUAGAUGGGACACAGACUGUCGAUUUAAGUUCACCAAUUGAGAUGAAAGAAAUGAGUGUCGCACACGAGAAGGAACGAACUGUUCUGAAAGGGAAGAAACUUCAGGUUCGUUGUGAUUCAACUGAUUUGGGUGUCCAAACAGAUCACACUAUGUCUACUGUUCACCUGGACAGUAAAUUAACUCAAACUGCUUUAGUUCGUCAUACGGAUGUAUCAUGUCAGUAUACUGAACUCACGAAGCCUUCAUCAACUAGUCACGAAGUAACGUCCAGAGUUGUUAGCAUUCAAACAGAUGUGCCUUUUUCAACAAACGUACGUGUGGAUCAACGAAACAAGAAAUUCCAAGUGAAUCUAAUAUCGCCUUCGUCACCAAAGACUCCAAUAAAUGUAGCCUCUAUAGGAACACAAACUUCAGAUUAUAGAUACCAUGAUAUAAGUAUUGAACAGGUUGAUAAAACAACAGUUUCAUCAGUGGAUGCACAUGUGGUUCAUGAUUCAGCGUCUAACGUGACAAGCACUUCACAAGGAAUACCAAAAAUAAAAAUAGAUCAAGAAUGCCAAGUAAAAAUAACUCCUCAACAAUAUCAAAAGAAACUUCAGUAUGGUUCCUCAUUUUCUACAUUAAAAAAUACAUCUUCUCAAACCAUACAGGACAUUUCUCUUUGUGACUAUCAUAAAACUUCGUCUUCAUCAAGUAUUGGAGUUCAGGCGAGUAAUAUACGACCAGUAGUUACAGUAGAUGCAGGGACUCAAGAAACAAGACCAAGUGAGACUUCUCCAUCACCUUUACAGGUUAAGAACAAAAAACUACAAGUCUACCCAUCUAAACUUGGUGAACAAGUAGAAGAAGAAUUUAUACAUCCUCAAGAGACAAUCUACAAAGGAAUGUCAACCUCAUUAACUGAGAUAACACAAACAGAUGAGUGUUUACUAAAAAGUAUUGAAUGUUUCAAGUGUAUAUCACGGGGAUAUGAUAAGAAAACGAUUGACAAAGAUAUGCGAUCGGAAGAAAAAUCAAUAAGAACAAAACAAACAGCAUCCAGUACAGUGAAAUCAAAUUACUUUACACGUAUUCUCCAAAUGGAAACUAUUCCUGACAAGCCAAAAGCAUUAGACACAUCCGAUGUGCUGAAACUAUACAGAGAGUCCGGCUAUAAAGCUAGGGGUGAAUCAAAGAAUAUCCAAACUGAUACGUUUUUGUUGGGAAGUAUUCAAUUACCUGAAAGUAGGGAAGUUGAUAGCAUAGGAAGAAUUUCGAAAAAGACCACAAUUGUUCAGUUAGAAAAGUUAACUACGGAUAAGUGUGUAGAUACUAUGCCCUUUGAAAAAGGACUUAUAGAAUCUCAAAUAUCCUAUCAUGAUACCCAGAUAUCUGAAAGGAGAAAUAUAAAGUUACUCAAAGAAACACUAUGGUCAGAAGCACAAGUAUCAAAUGUUCUGCAAGAUAUUCAGUAUGAAAUAAGACAUCCCCAAAUAAUAGAUUCAAGUGGAAGUUACUCACCUCAACAAAAUUCAGUUUCAGUUAGUGCACGACCAACUACUCAUAUGCUUGGUCAUACAGAAUCAACAAGCAGAAAUGGAAAUGGAAAGGCUAAGACACCGUAUCAAUAUUUAAAGCCAGAUGUUGUAAGUUGGGGAGUACAAUUUGCACCAGUGACACUUACUGGGGUAACGCAAACCACUGAAUCUUCGAAACAUAAGUUAACUAUCGAUUCACCAGUAAAUAUAGGUGUACAAACUGAUGCGAUUGAAGAUGACUAUUAUAUAAAAAGAGUUGUGACGACAAUAGCUAGGAAAGGUUUGUCAUCUUAUUGUCGUCGAGGUCCAGUAGCCAAAAGAAUUGUCGAACAUACUGAUCUAUUAACAUCGAGUUUACCUAGUAAUCUAGAUGAAGAGUUUGAUGAAGAAACAACAAUUGCACCAAGAACAACGAAGGUCACAACUAUGCAAAAACGUGGAGAUCGUCGAGUAGUACAUGAAGAGUUGCUUACAGAGGACUAUAGGGAAAGAGGAAGUUCACUUGACUCUCAUGUAGCCCACGAACGAUUUCUGAGAGAAACACACCCACAGGAUAUCGAUUUGCAUGGAAUACAUGAACAUGAGACAGGCAUAUAUACUGAUGCUGAAAUCUGUUUUCAGAAUUUACUGAAAGUUUGGGGAGAGCAAUACUUGCUUUCUAGAUUAAGAACGAUCGGUAGAUACUCAGGGCUUUCAGUUAGUCUUGAUCGAAGUAUACAUACAGCGGAAAAAUCACGGCUAGUUGAAGCGAAGACACAGUUUACUUCAACGGGGAACUUAGUGAGUCAAAUCAGAAAUCUUGAGAACAUGGGAACACAGACUAGUGAUAUUCUCCUUACCACUCGACCUCCACAUAAAAAUAAACGGAUACAACGUGGUCGUAGCUUCAUUUCUGGAGGAACAAAUCAGCCACCACCGACGCGUAGUGGCUCGGUAGUAAGUCCACUGUCGCCGACUACCGAAGAACUAACAAGUCACCAUCGUCAGCACGGGAUAACAAGCAUGCAGACACGUACUUCUCAUCCAUUUAAUUUGGCCACUACCACAUUUACAGAGACUACACAAGAGCAAUCGACAUUCAGUAUUGAACAUACAGUCCAGACUUAUAUAUGUCCAACAUGUGGGAGUCAAGCUAGCAUCCCAGUGACCGUUCAUUCACAAAUACAACCUCAAACACUUCCAAUAACGCAAUUAAAAGACGCCCAAUCACAAACUCGGUUUGUGGGGCAGAUGACACCUGAUAAUAACUGCACAUAUCUACCAACUUACCUAAGUGAUGAGGAAGUAAUUCGCAUAAAUCAGAGCCAGAAAAUUGAAGACAGAGAAUUUUCGAUGGUGACAUGGCAUCCAGCAGAAAUACGAGAUACAGAACGCCGUAGGGAUAGCGACACAAGUAAUCAGAUACGAGAUGAAGUUUGGGUUGAUAGUCCUGGGAAACUGCUAGAACUCAAAAUAACUGGAGUAAUAGUACCUGGAACAAGCAAAAUCGUUAGCGCAAGUGAAGCAUUUUAUCGUGGUCUACUAAGAGUAGUAUACUGGGAUUAUGAAAAACUUGGACCUAGGCAAUCAUCAGUAGAUUCAACAGUUUCCAUACCACUGGCAGAUGCAGUGAUUUCUAAGGCAGUUCGGUUAGCUAGUGAUAGAAUAUCAACAGAAGCGCAGCCAUCAUUGGAUGCCAAAAUAGUUUGGAGAACACCAGAGAUACAACGAAGUAGGUAUCUAGUACAUUCAAUUAGACCUGAUGCAGGUCAAAACAAACAUAAUCCAAUUAAUCUGGACGUUGCAUCUGCAAUACGAGCUGGUCUAAUUGACAAAGAAACCGGUCGAAUGUUGUUUACACAUUCUAUUUACGAGUCACCAUUCAGCACUGAUUCACCGAUAAGUAAAAAACGCGAUAGUAGCUCUGACCAAACUGAACGAUUGUCUGUCAGAGAAGCAAUUUUACGUGGAUUUUUAGUUGCAGAAUUAAUAGAACCAGAAUCAUCGUAUAUAACCAAGCAAAGUUUAUCAUUUAUUGUCCCAAGCACAAGUUAUUCACACUCUCCAACUGAUGUUGACAUUUGA